AUGUCACAGCUUGUUGAAUAUAAUUCCUUGAUAGCAGUCCUCAGUAGUUUUAUUCACUCAACUGGAGAAAUCUAAGCAAUAUCUUAGUAAAGGGAGUCUAAAAUGCUUGAUGAAGGGUUGAUAAUAUUAUCCAAUAUUAUUAAAAUGAUUAUAUUAACUUUAUUAUUAGGCGUAUGCGCUCAAAACAAUGUAAUUGAAUUAUUGAAGGAAUGGGAAAUCCAUAUUGAGUAAUCGUCAAGUGAAAGUUAAUAUACAUUCAAAUAAAUACUAAACGAAUUUAAGAAUGAAAUACCCAGGCAAUAUCAAUCCAAAUUUUUUAGGAUGUAUGGGCAGUAUAUCUUUUAUGGUUUAGAAAAUGAAAAUUCAAUAGAUUUUGCAAGGGUAAAGCCAUCAUAUUGAAAUUAGGCUCUUUAUUACUUUAAGAGGUCGUCUGAUCUAGGUGACAUUAAUUCUCAAUUUUAUUUGUCAUUAUUGACAUAUUUAAAUUUAGAUGGCUCUUACAAUCUUUAAAGUAAGCUAAACCCAGAAACAAAAUUCUAUCGGUACGUUAAGGAGAAGUAUCAGAGCAUCUCUUUGGUUGAUUUAUACUUCUCUGCAAUUUAAGGAUUUCAGUAGAGUGGCGUUGCGAUAGCUUUUAGAUAUUGGAAGGGAAUUGGAGUCAAUCAGAAUUGCUCAAAUUCUGCCAUGUUUUAUUUGUCAGUGUUGGAAGAAGUGGCCAAUACACCCAUCAAAGCCAAAUACAUAAGUGAGAACAGGCAAGUAGCCAAAGUCUUGUAUGACAGCAAUUUCUAUAUGAACCACGAGUUGGACAUCUUUGGACACGCUCAAAUAUUCGAGAAUUUGAAUAUCAUCACCUAUGAAUCGGCUAUUGAAGUUAAACAAUUAGCCUAUAACUAUUACUACGGAUUGAAUGGGCUCAGACGUAACUUUGCAAAGGCAUAUCAAUUAUAUUACAAAUUAUAUGAUUAAUUAAAUGACAAGGAAUCUGGCAUCAAAGUGGCUCAGAUGCAUAUUGAAAAUUUGGGAGUCGAAGAACCAAAUUACAUAUUGGCUUUUUAGAUUUUGAAUAAAAUUGAAACAAAAAACUAAGAUUUUUUGGGGAGAAUAUAGAAUGCUUUAGGUUAUAUGUAUUACUAGGGAUUGGGAGUACAAAAGGACAUCAUAAAGGCUUAAGAUUGUUUUCGAAGUAUUAUAUUACAAUUUACAAUCCUUAGAAGCAGCAGACCUUCAAAACAAUGAUGGUUUAUUUAAUCUUGGAUCCUUGUACAUGUUGCCCUCUACAAUAUAAAGAGAACGCAAUCAAUAAAAGGGAGUUUAAUUGAUUGAAUAGGCAGCCGUAACUGGACAUGCCAUGGCUCAAUAUAGUCUAGCAUUAAUACUACUUGAUGGGGUAGAUCUAUUUUACUCCUGCGAUUUGGCUGCCACUCUAUUGCAUGCUUCAUCAUCUAAAGGUCCUUGGGCUGACACACUAAAAACAGCUAACUAUCUGUUCUAAUAGGAGUAAUAUGCUUAAUCAUUGUCUAAAUAUUUUGAAGCUGGAUAUAGUGGAUUUAAUGUGGCUAUAUGUAAAUGCAUAUUGAAUACCUUUUAGAGAAUGCUGCCGUUGUGAUGGAAUAGAAUGAUGCCUUCUAUUAUGAUACUCUACACUUCAGUGAAGUUCAAAGUAGACUCGAUAGAGAUCCUGUUUAUUAAAUUCGGGGUGUUGCUAAUAAAGAUGCAUUUGAAUAUUUGUAUUCGGAUUAUUUAAAAUUUGUGAAUUACUCCACUCUUUAUGACUUAUUGCAACUAGAUAGUUUUUAUUUAAAUGGAGCAUUAUAAUAUAGGUUCCUUACGCAAUGUGCUAAGGAGAGGGAAGCAAUUUGUCAUAUGAAGUUAGGAGAUUAUUACUACAAUGGAAAAUAUGAGGAGGUGGAUUUCAAGAAGUCAUUCCAGCAUUACAAAAAAGCAUUGGAAGGCUAAUUGAUGGAUGCAAUGAAGGGUCAUGUGUACUUUAAUUUAGGAUUGAUGUAUGCUUUGGGAUAGGGGGUGAUAAUGAAUAGAACAAAAUCUGCAGAAAUAUUUGAGUUGUCAAUUAAUGCUUACUCUUUAAUUCCGAUAGCGCCUGUCACUGUUUAAGUCUAAAUAUUGGAUUUUUGGGUUAACGUUUAUAGGCAAAUAGAUCAAAGUGGAAUUGAAUAGUUUUUGGAUGUGAAUUAUUGGGAGUUCGCAAAUGGCAUGAUAUAAGCAUUUGAAAUGUGGGUUAUGGAGAAUUGUAAGGCGAUCGGAAAUGUUGCUGCAGGGUCAUUAGUAGUGAUUCUUUUUGGAUGGCGUUUGAAAUUAAUUAAUUAAUAAAACUGA